AUGAAGUUUUUGGUGCGGGCCGGCUCCACGCAUGAGUCUCUCUCCAGCGAUCCAGAUCUGGAGCACGCUAUGAAGGACCCGGAGUCUGCCAUCUUUGAUAGCACGGCCUCGCGAGAUCCGGCGAAGCUUGGAUUUCGCGGCGACUUUCUGAUGUGUAUGUUGAUAAUUUGCUCUUUCUCAGGGCUGGUUGUGGGACUUUGGUCUGAGAUGGGUUGUGGCUCUGUCUGCAUGCAUUUCCUGCAAAGACACUACUCCGUGGCCUUCUUUUGUGCCGGUGGGUCGGUCUUGAUCCUAACAGUGCUAUAUUUGCUGGACUUCUUUAUGCCACCACACAUUCCGGACGAAUAUUUGGUUCUUUUUUCUGGAGAUCGCUUCGUGGGGCGUGGGCUUCUCGCGGCUGCUGUGGCCCAGAUCCUGAUAGGUGUCCUUUUCCUCGCAGACAGAUUUCCCACGGCCCCCCUUGUGCUCACCAUUUUCUUAUGCCCAACCUCCCUGAUCAUCGUGCGCCAGCUGACGAAGCCCAAGCCUCGAUUUCAGCUGGGCGCAGGUUCCAAGGAGCACAGCUUAAAAGAUCGGCUUCGCAUGCUGAAGAUGGUCACUGGGGAGGAGAGGGAGCAGCGAGUCUUCUACACAGCAGCGGCUGUUGCAUUUGCAGUCACCGCGCUGUUGUGCAUUUCCGCUUGGAUCCCUUGGGCAGUCACCACUUCAGUACAGUUUGACGUCAGCACUGAUGCAGUCGAGCGCGAGAUGAAUUUUGUCCGCUGGGCCACGCCUCUGAUAGUUUGUAUUUGCAAUCUUAUUUUUGCAAGCUUUGCUGGGCUCCGUGUGGCUUUGGACAAGACCUACGCAGGCACAGACCAUAAUCGAGCGCAGAUCAUCUUGAGCUCACGAAGCCAUAUGAACCGCGAGUUGAUGGACUUUCGGAUAAGUCAGCUGCGAGUUCAGCUGGCCCAGGAGGAUGCAGGCACACAGUUGCAGCGGACCCGGGAUCGAGCGCAGCAGUACUUGAUACAGCACACCGCUCAUAUGAGGCAGUUGUCCAACAUUGUGCAAACAGUUGGCUGUGGUUUCAUCGCUCUCUUGGGCGCACUCUUCAUCGCCUUCCAGCUGUGGGCCGCAGACAGCCAUAUCGCUGACAUGGUGCAAUGCUUCCUGGCAUUCUUCUUCCUCACCUUCCUUGCAUUCAUAUGCUUCUCAUUCAACAGGAUUUGGCAAGCCAUGAGUACGUGGCUGCAGGACCUGCCCAUGUGGAAGUCGAUGCUGGGAAUCUGCGAAUCCAGCUGGGCCCGUGCGGCCUUUCUGGUGCUGACGCUGCCUGCGAUGCCACUAGUGCUGGCCAUGUCUGCAGUGAACCAGGCGGUGCGUAGAUUGAGGAGGCUACACCCAGGCGGCCGCUGCCUCACCGAGAGGACGCAGGCGAUCUUUGCCCAAGUGGUUCAGUGGGAGUGGGUCCCAAUUGCUUCAUGGGCUUACGUCGUGGCGGUGAUUUUGAUCCUGUAUAAGAUUAUCCCCAUCUUUCUGAAUGUUUUGCUGGCCUGGCUGAAGUCCUUCGUAACAAACCUGCCCUUCGCGGGCAUCCUUGGCUUCACCUUCGCAGCUGGCAUGUUCCUUUUCAUGCUGCCACCAGUCCCUGGGCCUCCCAUCUAUCUUUUUGGAGGCCUGGUCAUCUCGGGCCGAUGCCCGUGGGGCUUCUGGUGGGGUUGUGUGAUUUGUAUUCUCUUGUGCGUCGUUUUGAAGCUUUGCGCGUGCGCCAUACAACAGAAAAUUAUUGGACAGCUGCUUGGAAGUCGGCAGUGGAUUCGCCACAUGGUUGGCAUUCAUCGCCCCUUCAUGCGUGCCAUUGAAGCCGUGCUGAGAAGACCCGGCAUGAACUUUGGCAAGUGCAUGAUACUGUGCGGAGGCCCGGACUGGCCGACAUCAGUGCUGGCCGGAAUCAUGCGCUUAUCCUUACUGCAAUGCACCAUUGGUACCUUGCCGGUGAUCUUCUCCACAAUCCCCCUGGCACUGACGGGCAGCUUCUACUUGAAGCGAGAUGAGAGCGAAGUCUGGGCCAGGGCGGGUAAUCUGAUGUUUUCAUUGACAGCUACAGUCUCCGUGACCUUUUGGGCGGGAAUGGGCUGGGCUAUCCAAGACGCAUUUGACAAGCUCAACGACCAGAUCAAUGCCCCCAAGGUGGAGUUUGUGAACUUGGACUGGUUGGAUUAUUGUGAGGACCGCAUCAAGGAAAAGUGCCAGUUGAAGGCGACCGAUCUUCCGUACUGGGCGCGGUUCUGCCACUUCGGUGGUGCGCUGUUGAUGGUCUUCGUCUCGCAGGUCUUUUUCUGGCGAGCUAGCGUUUGCUUUGGGGUCUUCAGAGUCACAGACAGUCUCGAGGACUUGAAGUGGUGGCCCUGGAGCGAAGGCGAUGGGUCGCCCAUGAUAAACAACUAUGGCUUAGCUGGUCUUCUCUUGGUGCUUGUCUCCUUCAUUCUGCUGUGCUUCUCACGAGCAUGGCGGAGCCGGCACAAUGCUCAAGCAAGAGUGCAGGUCAUGAAGGAGCUUCACGGGGAGGAGGCGAGCUGGAAGCAACGAAGGACUGAGGAGGCCGAGAACUGGGCACCUCCAGCAAGUGCCUCUGGUUCACCUGUGAUUAGAGGUGCUUUGGCAGGGCCACUUCAGGCUUCCGACGAAGGUGUGGCCAACAUAGUUUCCAUGGCAGCCGAAGACGUGGACUUUGUAGACCAGAAGCUCAGCUUGAAGGCGAUGAUGGACUCACCCAAAGCUAUGGAUGAGGAGACCCAGGUUCCAGAUGACGAGUCUUCAUCUUUGCCGCAGAGACCUGUGACAACGCCAGGCGCCACCGUCAUAGGAAGGCCUCCCCUGGCUGAUGAUAGUCCAGUGGAGCAUAUCAUGCCCCGUACAUCAAUUCGGCUUUAA